AUGUCUAUAUGGAAGUAUUCUUUUGAAGCAGAGCCCUUUGCUGAAGGAAGAUUUAGAUAUGCUUUCAAAGGGUGCUACACCCAGCAUGCUACUAAAUGUGGGCAGAGUAUUGUUAUGAAGAAAUUCAAAGACAGCUACAUUUGGGAACAAAAAGGUUGGGACUCCACCUUGAAGAUUUACUCUAAAGCUCAAAAAUAUGCCUCAGGAUUUGGAAGAGGAUUGGAAUUUACUACAUGUGAAACCGGUAUAGUUAAAACAACUGGCUCUAGUACAAAAGUCAAGGUCGAUGAGUACACAGUGCUUGAAGAUUAUCUUGAAGGAAAAUUUACCAAAUGGUGCAACAAUUAUGGGUAUGUAUCAGCUGAAGCUCGUGGAGUGGACCAAAUCUUGACAGGCUUCAUGCACUGGAGCUGGAUAAGAAGCAAAGGAGAGGAAAUGGUUUCUGAUAUACAAGGAGUGAAGAAUGGAAGUCGCUACAAAUUGACAGAUCCUGCUAUGCUCUCUGUUAAAAGGGAAUAUGGAGUGACUGAUACUGGGAUUGAAGGAAUGGCUAUGUUCUUUCUCGUUCAUGAAUGCUCUGGCCCUUGUAAAGGUUUGCCUAGGCCAACAUUGGUCCAAUUUGUUGGUAAGAUACCUGAUACUAUGCUGCAGCAAGCUCUUGCUUUGCAACAGUUGUCAGCAAGGGGAACCACUUACUCACGUGAAACUAAGUUUCCUGAGGCAGUUAGGAAGGCUCUUAUUCCUGUUUUUUUAGCUAUUGCUCAAGGAAAGUAG